CGUAGCACGAAUCUUAAGGAAACCAAUUAACCCCGGUAACUCCGUUAACGCAGGCAGACACCGGUACUAAUCGAAUUGAUGACAUCUGUUCGGAGAGGAAAGGGCCAUUGAUGCUUUACUGUGUGCUGCUGAUCUGGUUGAUUUCUAGGGUUUGAAGAUCUGGAUGGGUUGGUCUUUCUCGUGCGGAGAUGUCCACCUUGAAUUCCAUCUUCAAUCGAGCCUCCUUCGGGACGAGAUGCAAGACCUGCUUGAAUCUGGCUAUAUCACGAAUUAAAUUACUUCGAAAUAAGAGAGAGUUGCAGCUCAAACAUAUGCGCAAGGAAAUAUCUCAGUAUAUUCAGACUGGUCAGGAAGCCAUUGCUCGAAUUAGAGUGGAGAAUAUCAUCCGUGAACAAAAUAUCCUGGCUGCCUAUGAGAUUAUAGAACUAUUCUGUGAAUUUGUUCUUGCACGUGUUCUGAUUCUCGAAACCCAGAGGGCUUGCCCAGUAGAAUUGCAGGAGGCUGUUGCCAGUAUCAUCUUUGCUUCUCCAAGAUGUUCUGAUUUGCCAGAGUUGCUCCAUAUCCGAAACUUAUUUUUCACAAAAUAUGGUAAGGAGUUUGCUGCAGCAGCAUCUGAGUUGCGGCCAGAAAGCAAUGUCAAUCGCAUGAUUAUUGAGAAGCUUACAGUGACAGCUCCACCUGCAGAGUUAAAGGUAAAGGUUUUAAAAGCAAUUGCACAAGAGUACAAUCUAGAGUGGGACUCAUCAGACACUGAAUCAGAAUUAAAUAAAAAACAUGAAGACUUGCUGGAUGGGUUGAAUCAUAUGGAGUUGCAGGCACCUGUAAUUGAGAGCUCCACUAAUCCUUCACCCAGGGAUGGAGUAUUUGUUUCAUCUGAUAAAGGGAAGCCAGAUCAACUGCCACAAUCUCCUACCCCUUCGAUUAAUAGCCCUUCCUUGCUCACGAACAAAACUUCUUCAACUGUUGCUGACAAAGAAGAUGCAGCAACUAGUGAAACCGAAGCACCAUCUGUUAACCACAGAUCAUGUUCAAGAAGUUCAUCUGAUGUCUUGGAGAAAGCACGAGCUGCUAUUGCUUCGGCUGAUCGUGCAUCUGCCGCUGCACGCACUGCUGCUGAGCUUGUGAAGGUCAAACUGCCUCACCAAUCUGGCAAUUUCAGCCAGUGCAAUUAGGCAGACUGUUAUUUGCUGGUUGAACUUCAGCAAGCAAGAUAAGCUUAAAAGGAUCAAGAGAAGUCUAUUCUCUGAUUACUUUAUCAAUGUAAUGUGUAUCUACGACUGUAUGUACAAUAAAAGAUAUCAUCCGA